AUGAUGCUGAGUCCGGACCAAGCCGCCGACUCGGACCACCCCAGCUCGGCGCACUCGGACCCGGAGUCGCUGGGCGGCGCAGACGCCAAGGUGCUGGGCAGCGUGUCGGACCUGGAGCCGGUGGAGGAGGCCGACGGCAAGGGCGGCAGCCGGGCCGCGCUCUACCCGCACCCGCCGCAGCUGAGCCGCGAGGAGAAGCGCCGCCGCCGGCGCGCCACCGCCAAGUACCGCUCGGCCCACGCCACCCGCGAGCGCAUCCGCGUGGAGGCCUUCAACCUGGCCUUCGCCGAGCUCCGCAAACUGCUGCCCACGCUGCCUCCGGACAAGAAGCUGUCCAAGAUCGAGAUCCUGCGCCUGGCCAUCUGCUACAUCUCCUAUCUCAACCACGUCCUGGACGUCUAG